GAACCGGUCCGAGGCCCCGGGCGGCCGGCGCGGGCGCCGCGGCACGUCCGCAGGCUGGGUCGCGAGGUGGCGACCGCUGAGAGGCGGGAGGGCCGAGGCGGGCCUGGGAGGCGGCCCGGAGGUGGGGCGCAGCCGGGGCCGGCCCGCGCGGGCUUCAUCUGAGGGCGCACGGCCUGCGGCCGAGCGUGCGGACUCCCAGGCGUGAAGCGACGACCGGUUGCCGGAGCGGCUAUGGGCCGCGGCUGGGGAUUCCUGAUUGGCCUCCUGGGCGCCGUGUGGCUGCUCGGCUCCGGCCACUGCGAGCAACAGCCCCCGGAGACUGCGGCACAGAGGUGCUUCUGCCAGGUUAGUGGUUACUUGGAUGAUUGUACCUGUGAUGUUGAAACCAUUGAUAGAUUUAAUAACUACAGGCUUUUCCCAAGACUACAAAAACUUCUUGAAAGUGACUACUUUAGAUACUACAAGGUAAACCUGAAGAGGCCGUGUCCUUUCUGGAAUGACAUCAGCCAGUGUGGAAGAAGGGACUGUGCUGUCAAACCAUGUCAAUCUGAUGAAGUUCCUGUUGGAAUUAAAUCUGCAAGCUACAAGUAUUCUGAAGAAGCCAAUAAUCUCAUUGAAGAAUGUGAACAAGCUGAACGACUUGGAGCAGUGGAUGAAUCUCUGAGUGAGGAAACACAGAAAGCUGUUCUUCAGUGGACCAAGCAUGAUGAUUCUUCAGAUAACUUCUGUGAAGCUGAUGACAUUCAGUCCCCUGAUGCUGAAUAUGUAGAUUUGCUUCUUAAUCCUGAGCGCUACACCGGUUACAAGGGACCAGAUGCUUGGAAAAUAUGGAAUGUCAUCUAUGAAGAAAACUGUUUUAAGCCACAGACAAUUAAAAGACCUUUAAAUCCUUUGGCUUCUGGUCAAGGGAAAAGUGAAGAGAACACUUUUUACAGUUGGCUAGAAGGCCUCUGUGUAGAAAAAAGAGCAUUCUACAGACUUAUAUCUGGCCUACAUGCAAGCAUUAAUGUGCAUUUGAGUGCAAGGUAUCUUUUACAAGAGACCUGGUUAGAAAAGAAAUGGGGACACAACGUUACAGAAUUUCAACAGCGAUUUGAUGGAAUUUUGACUGAAGGAGAAGGUCCAAGAAGACUUAAGAACUUGUACUUUCUCUACUUAAUAGAACUAAGGGCUUUAUCCAAAGUGUUACCAUUCUUCGAGCGCCCAGAUUUUCAGCUCUUUACUGGAAAUAAAAUUCAGGAUGAGGAAAACAAAAUGUUACUUCUGGAAAUACUUCAUGAAAUCAAGUCAUUUCCUUUGCAUUUUGAUGAAAAUUCAUUUUUUGCUGGGGAUAAAAAAGAAGCACACAAACUAAAGGAGGACUUUCGACUGCAUUUUAGAAAUAUUUCAAGAAUCAUGGAUUGUGUUGGUUGUUUUAAGUGUCGUCUGUGGGGAAAGCUUCAGACUCAGGGUUUGGGCACUGCUCUGAAGAUCUUGUUUUCCGAGAAAUUGAUAGCAAAUAUGCCAGAAAGUGGACCCAGUUAUGAAUUCCAUCUAACCAGACAAGAAAUAGUAUCAUUAUUCAAUGCAUUUGGAAGAAUUUCUACAAGUGUGAAAGAAUUAGAAAACUUCAGGAACUUGUUACAAAAUAUUCAUUAAAGAAAACAAGAUGAAAUGUGCCUGUUUCUGGAUAAUGGAGGCCAAAGAGUGGAAUUUUAUUCAAAGGCAUAAUAGCAAUGACAGUCUUAAGCCAAACAUUUUAUAUAAAGUUGCUUUUGUAAAGGAGAAUUAUAUUAAGUAAACAAAUUUUUAAAAAUUGUGUUAAGUCUAUGUAUAAUAUGACUGUGAGUAAAAGUAAUACUUCGAUAAUGUGGUACAAAUUUUAAAGUUUAAUAUUGAAUAAAAGGAGAAUUAUCAGAUUCAUAUAUGAUAAAAGUAAGUGAAUGUUCUAAGUCUCUCAAACUACCAUUUUGUGUAAUAAGAUGUAAUAUAAACGAAACUAUGGUAAAUGUGAUAAGCAUUUAAUAGGAAAAUGCUAAGGAGGUUCAUGAAUGACCCAAAAUUAACAACGUAGAAUUUUUCAAUACAUUUAGGGUUGCCAGAUUUAGCAAAUAAAAAUAAAGAUUGCCCAGUUAGAUUUGAAUUUCAGAUAAACAACUAGUUUUUUAAUGUAAGUAUGUUACAUGGAAUACCUGGAACAUAAUAACUUAUACUAAAAAAUUAUCUGUUUGAAAUUCAGAUUUAACUGGGAGUCUUGUAUUUUAUCUGGCAAGUUUAAAAUACAUUGGUAUAAAACAAAUCACUUUUAGAAUUACAUUGCUAUUUUGAUUGAGUUGUUUUUGUGUGUAGAAAGGUACAAUAACAACUCAAAGGCACAGGAGAUUUCUAAACAUUGUGAAAAGUUGAAUAGAUUGUAUAUUUAUUCUCAUAAUACUUUCCCUAAUAUUAAAUAACAUUUUGGGAGCACUUUUUAUUUUUAUAUAAUUUUCAAUUUACAAAAAAGUUUCAAAAUUAAGUACAAAGAGCUCUCUUAUCCAGAUUCACUAAUUGUUCAUAUGCGCUUUAUCUUUCAUGUUUUUUCUGUACACACAGACAGACAAGGUUUUCUUCAAUCAUUUGAAAGUCAGUUACAGGCAUCUUGCCCCUUUAAUCCUAAAUACUUCAGGGUAAUACUGAAUAAUUUCUAAAAAUAAUUUUCUUGGAAAAAAAAACCUCCCGCAGUUCUGGAACUACAAUACUAUAAGCCUUAGAAUGAAGAAUAAUUUCAAGUUCUAUUCUAAACUUCUUUUUGAGUUUUGUUGCCCGUUUUAUGCUUGAUGUGUAUAGUAAUAGGGUAGUCCAAUUUUUUUUUUUUUUUUUUUUUUUUAAAGACAAGGUUUUGCUAUGUUUCCCAGGCUGGACUUGAGCUACUCCUGGGCUGGGCUGAAGUAAUCUUCCCACCUCAGCCUCCCAGGUAGCUGGGAAUACAGGUGCAUGCCACCAUACCUGGCUUAAUUUUUGUUUUUUAUACACGAAGUUCAUUUCCAUUGUCUCCCUAAAACUGAACUGUAAUUUUAGGAGGUUUUCAUUAGGGGAAGCUCUUCAUUUAUAAAACUAUUUGAAGGUGUUUAGGAAUUUAUAUCACAUGGUAAUUGUAGAGAAAAAGAAGCUAUAUACCUCAAAAUCAUGUGCCCUCUUUACAUAUGUCUCAUCAGGUAUAAUAUGUUGAAAUGUCACAUUACUAGUGGAGCAGGAUUUAUUUAUAUAGUGGUUAAGAAAUGUCAGUUUACACUGUUGUAUACUUUUUCUUCUCUGUGUCCCUAAGGCCUGGUACAGUGCCAAGCACAUACUUAGUAUCUAAUAAAUAUUUGUUGGAUGAAUGUAUGUAUAUGUAUUCAGUAUAUUUUAAAUUAAUAAUCACAGAAGUAAGUUUAACAAUGUAUCCUAUUUUCCUUUGACACUUCAUUUUCUCUAUGGCAGAAAGAGAUAGACAUUAACCCACUGAUUAAGUCAGUCUUCUUGGAGACUCAAAAGACUAUAAUCACUCUCUAUAAAAUACAGUAGUGGAUUCAAAAGGCCAUUUUUUUGUGUAUCCCUCUCUCUCAUUUUAUGCCUCCCUUCAUUUUUUUUUUUUUUUUUUUAAACAGCCAGUGUUUUUGAAGGAAUAUUCUUACCUCCAUUUGUCACCUUCUACCGGCUCUUUAACUGAAAUCUGCCAUUUGGCUGUAGUUCUUAACGACCCCUUCCUGUGAAGUCUAAAAUCUUAAUUCUAAAUCCACAGUUUAGUUCACGAGCUAUUAUUUGACUUUUUUUUCCCUGUAUUUGACAUUGUUGACAACCCCUACUUUAAAGAUUCCCUUGAUUUCUUAACAUUUUGCUCACUGCUGACCACUCCCCCGACCCCCCUUUUGGCCUUAUUCCUUAAAUGUUAUUCCUCAGACUUCCAUUUAUUCUCUCUUAAUCAUAACACCACUUCUCACGCUUGGGUAAUUUCAAUUUAGUGAUUCCUAAAUCCUUUAGCCAAACUCAAUCCAUCUGCCUGGUGCACUUUACUUGGUGGUUCCACAGAUACCUUUUUGUGUCUUAAAACAUUUAUUCUCUCCAAAACUUACUCUAAUGCCUCUGUUCCUUACUUUGGCUAAUUUUAGAACCAUUAUAUUCUAAGUUUUCUAGGCUAAUGCCUCUCCUCUCCUUCCCCCUAUCAUUUAGUGUCUAAGUUCUGAUUUUAUCUCCACCUCUCUGAUGCAUCGCUACCUUUCAUCUUCAUUGCUAUUAUUAAUACCUACAGUAUUACACUAACCUGCCUCCUGUACCUAGCUGGUCUCCUCUCUGUUGCAACCCGAUGUUACCAGAGUAGGUUUUCUAGAAGCACUCUGACAGUGUUACUCCCUGCUUAAUACCCUUCAGUGACUUCAGGAACCUUCAGGAGAAAGCCAAACUCCUGUGUUUGGUGUACAAGGUCUUCUUAUGUGCGAUGUGCUUCCUCCACUGAAUGUUCUGGUGAAACAGACUCACAGUUCUUCAGAAGCCCCAUAUGGCCAGGCCUCCUGCCUUGGUAAAUGCUGUACUCUUUGCCUCAAGUGUGCUAGUCAUCCUUCCCCACUUGGAAAAUUCCUAUGCAUCUUGCAGGCCUGACAUAAGCAUCUCCUCUGUGAAAUCUCCCUUGCUCCACUCAAGGAGAAUCAUCUAACUUCCUCUUUGUGUCACCACUGUAAUUACAACCUACCUCUACUGUAUGUCACUUAAAUUGUACUGUAUUGUUUUAUUUUUCAAAAGUCUUCUUUCCUAGAGUGUGAGCUCAUUAAGGGCAGGGAAAGGAACCUUUUUAUUUUUUGCAUCUCCAUAGCAUAGUUUUUGGCAUAUGAACGUUUAAUAAAUGUUUGUUGAUUAAAUUGCUUUUAAAGUGACAUCUUUAUUAUAUUAGAGGUCCUACCUUUAUUCCAAAUACUUUCACUCCCUUCACUUUAAAGCAAGGGUCAGUAGAGUCCCAAGGAUUUGUAGACUUGAAGGGGUCAAUAAAGCUGUAAUUGCAUUCAA